AUGUCUGACGACGAGGACUUCAUGCAGGAGUCUGAUGAGGAGCAGUACGACUUUGAGUACGAGGAAGACGACGAUGAGGACUCCGGAGAUGUCGGCAUCGAGAACAAAUACUACAAUGCGAAGCAACUUAAGCUUACCGAUCCCGAGGAUGCUAUUGCCGAAUUCUUGGGCAUACCACCGUUAGAGGAGGAAAAGGGCGAAUGGGGCUUCAAAGGCUUGAAACAAGCCAUCAAACUCGAGUUCAAGCUGGGACAGUAUGAGAAGGCGACGGAACAUUAUGCCGAGUUGUUGACCUACGUCAAGUCGGCCGUGACAAGGAAUUACUCCGAGAAGUCGAUCAAUAACAUGCUGGACUACAUUGAGAAGGGAUCAGACAGCCCCAAGGCCGUGGCGUGCGUCGAGAAGUUCUACUCGCUCACACUCGAGAGCUUCCAGAGCACAAACAACGAGAGGCUAUGGCUGAAGACGAACAUCAAGCUGGCCAAACUCCUCCUCGACCGCAAGGACUACAACACGGUCACUAAGAAGCUGAGGGACCUCCAUAAGGCUUGUCAGAAGGAAGACGGCAGUGACGAUCCCAGCAAGGGCACAUAUUCUAUGGAGAUAUACGCCCUCGAGAUCCAGAUGCACGCCGAGACCAAGAACAACAAGCAGCUGAAGAGACUCUACCAGCGCGCCCUCAAGGUCCGGUCCGCUGUACCUCACCCCAAAAUUAUGGGCAUCAUUCGCGAAUGCGGUGGCAAGAUGCACAUGAGCGAGGAGAAUUGGGCCGAAGCCCAGACGGACUUCUUCGAAUCCUUCCGCAACUACGAUGAGGCCGGCUCGCUCCAGCGAAUUCAGGUGCUCAAGUACCUACUUCUUACGACUAUGCUUGUCAAGUCUACCAUCAACCCGUUCGACUCGCAGGAGACCAAGCCGUACAAGCAGGAUCCCCGAAUCACUGCCAUGACCGACUUGGUGGACGCGUACCAGCGUGACGACGUCCACGCCUACGAAAAUGUCCUGCAGAAGAACCAAGACAUUCUCGCCGACCCAUUCAUCGCUGAGAACAUUGACGAAGUCACGCGCAACAUGAGGACGAAGGGCGUCCUGAAGCUGAUUGCACCGUACACACGAAUGAAGCUGUCAUGGAUCGCGAAGCAACUAAAGAUCUCAGAGCCCGAAGUUCAAGACAUCCUCGGUUUCCUCAUUGUUGACGGCAAGAUCCAGGGCAAGAUUGACCAGCAAGCCGGCACUCUCGAGAUUCAAUCGGACGCGGACAGCGAUCGUACCAAGGCUUUGUACGAACUGACGCAAUCUGUCUCGAAUUUGUACACUACCAUGUUCAAGGAGGGCGAAGGCUUCCGAUCUACCGAGUUCCCUACCGAUGAGCAGACCAUGGAGAUGAUGGGCGGCGGUAUGACCCCAAGAGGCGGCGGUCGUGGACAGCCGCGGGGCGUCGGACGGAAGGGUAAGGGCGUGGUGCCGUCAAUGUGGACAUGA